AUGGCGCGAUUAUUUCUGACAUUUGUGACAUUAUUUAUUUUUAAUAUAACAAACGUUAAAUCGAAUUUAAAUAAAAGUUUGUUGAAUGUUUUAGAAUGUAAAUUAGAAAAUAAAUUAUCAGAGUACGCAACGGGUGUCGGGAAAUGGCUGGAGAAUAUAAACGAUGGACAUUUCAAUAAUAGUGAAUUAGGAAGGUUGAUUGGUUAUAAAGAUAUGAAGAAGAAAUUUUACGAAGUUCAAAAUGAGGGUCGUGGUGUCAAGAAACUAUCAAUGGCGUUACUUCCGGUGGUAUUUCAAGUUGGCGCCACAUCCACCUGGCUGACACUGACAGGUCUCAUGGCGGUAAAAUCAGUUGUCAUCGGUAUCGUGUUACUUGUGUUCAAAAUCGCUGUCAGUUCAGCAAAGGUGGCGUCCUUCUUCACCGCGUGGAAGUCUAAGCAUCAUCAUCACGAACAUCCUUGGACACAAAAUUAUGAACACCAUGGUCACCUGCGAACUAUCAGAGAUAUUGAUACAUUCGGCGCCUACUCAUCGAUCCAUCCUAACGUGUACGAUGUUAAAGAAUAUAAGACGAUACCAAGUUACAGUGAGAGCGAUCUGGAAUAG